AUGUCCAGUCAGCGUCUUGUCCUAGGCCUCCCACGUGUCUUGCCGUCGCUGCCGCCUUCGCUUGCGCCGCCGUGUGGUCCCUGCGUCGAGGGUCGGCUGCGCGCCACCCCUCACUCCUCCUCCCUACGUCCGGCCACCGAGCCUUUUGAGACGCUUCACUUGGAAGUCUGGGGCCCCGCCCCUCGUCUAGGCCCUGAGCGUGAGCGUUACUUUCUGGUGGUCGUUGACGACUUCUUCCGCUACACCACAGUGUUCCCUCUGGCGAAGAAGUCUGAGGUGACUUCUACGCUGAUCAGGUGGUUGCUCACCACCAAGGACACUCGUGGUCGUCGUGUCAGCUGUCUCCACUCCGACCGUGGGGGUGAGUUUCGCUCCGGCAUUCUCGCUGGAUUCUGUCGCGAGCAGGGCAUUCGUCAGUCCUGGACGCUUCCAGAGUCCCCACAGCAGAAUGGGGUUGCUGAGCGCCGCAUAGGCCUGGUCAUGGAGAUCGCCCGCACCUCCUUGACUCACGCCUGUGCCCCCCAUUUUCUGUGGCCCUACGCGGUCAGGUACGCCGCGCACCAGCUGAACCUCUGGCCACGUGUCUCUCGACCAGAGGUGUCACCGACCAGUCUUUGGACAGGGUCCCCUGGUGUUGCGUCGCGGUUUCGCGUCUGGGGGUGCUUGGCUCUUGUCCGCGACACCUCCGCGGACAAGCUCUCGCCUCGUGCCGUCCCCUGUGUCUUCCUUGGUUUUCCUGAGGACUCCUCUGACUUCACCUUUUACCACCCUCCCUCUCACCGGUUCUUUGACUCCCGUGACGUCCGUUUCGAGGAGUCCACUCCGUACUACGUCAGGUACCCCAGUCGAGGUGUGUCCCAGGCUACCCCUCCUCCUUCGGUAGCCCCUCCGGUACAGCCUCCCUCCCCACAGUCCUCCUCGCAGCGUGCCGCUGGUGCUAGCUCUCGAGAGGUUGGUGCGGCGCCUGUUCCUGUACCGGUUUCUGGUUCUGGGGGUGCUGGAGUUGGAGCUGGAGUUGGUGCUGGAGUUGGCACUGGAGUUUUUGGUUCUGGGGGUGCUGGAGUUGGAGCUGGAGUUGGAGCUGGAGUUUCUGGUUCUGGAGUUGGAGCUGUCCCGGUGGGUGCAGAGGACUCUUGUCGUCCGGGAGCUGGUGCUGGUCGCGCGGCCACUGGGGGUGCUGCGUCUGGGGGUGAGGGUGCGCCUCCUUCGGGUUCAGGUGAGCCUGGGUCUGGAGCUGGUGUUAGUGCUGCCUCUGGGGGUGGUGCGCCUAGUUCUUCUGAGGUGGACUCUGGAGCUGCCGCUGCUUCGGACACUACUCCACCCCCCCACCCCUACCCGACUAGGUACCAGGCUCGUGUUCGCCGUGCCCGUGACGAGCAGCUGGCGUUGGAGAGAGAGGAGAGGGAGUUACAGCGGCUGGAGGAGCAGCAGCAGCAGCUGGACCCGCAGGAGCAGCAGUCCCAGCAGCAGCCGCGUCCGCAGCAGCAGCAGUCGCAGCCGCAGCAGCAGCAUCCACUUCCUCCUCCUGUCUCGGGUCUUCGGACCCUUGGUCUCCCCUCCCCUUCUCCUCCCUCCUCCGUCUCUCCUCAUGUCUACGGUCCCACAUUUCCUCCUCCUGACUCCUCCCCCUGCUGUUUUUCCCAGUUCUCCGCCUUUGUCCUCUCCUCCUCCGUCUCGUUCUUGGGCUACUCGUCGCUCCCCUCGUGCUCGUCCCUCGUCUCCUGUUCCCUUCACUGA